AUUUGUUUGACCUGAAGUUCCAUAGUAAACUUCUUGUAUUGCGUUUGAACUCGAGAAACGCGGAUAUCGGCAUUCCGAUCUUUACCGAUUUUCCUAUGAAAAUAAGUCUUCAUAGCACAGAUUCCAGCACUCAACGCUCCGUCUUCACUCUUAUGUUCGUCACAACUACGGUCGAUUGCAAAGUCACUGAUUUUAAAUAAGCCUCACACCUGGACGUCCAAUGUCAUUAGCGAUUCGGCAUAUUUUAAAAUUUUUUUGUCAUCGCAAUUGUAGCUAUUUUUUAUGCUGUCAUUUGUGGUUUGCGAGCUGAGCGAGUGAUCGCGCGCGCUCAACGCCUGUUGGUGAAUUCACGCAACGAAAUCAAAACAUUCGUGCUCCAAACAGAUGUCAAUAUACUCGUGAAUUAUUUAUAUCGUUUUGUGUGAUUUUAUUGUGCAAUGGUGAGCCAAAUGGUGGCUCAUACAUUCGACAGCAUGUUUCAUAUGUCAUCAAAGACACGCGGUAGAACGACGCAUUGAAUGGAAUUGAAAUGAAAAAAUUAUAAGCGCAAAGACAGACAACUUUUUCGAUCGAAAAGCGAUCUUGAGGAAAUUUAGAAUAUAAGCAUGCCUGGAAGGACGAGAAAACCGUCGAUUGAAGAAAAACUGAGACAAAAUAUUGAAUUUUUAGAUGCACUGUUAGCGGAUCUUCAAGCCACAAGCCCUACGAUUUCUACAUCGCCGGUUGAAGCUCGAGGAAGACAAACUACGAAUGGCAGAGAGUCGCCUGAGGAACUUCCUCCUCCGCUCCCCCCUCCACCCUCCUUUGAAGCACUCGAUCCUCGUGGACCAAUUUCAAAGGACGAUGUUUUGUUUCCCCCGCCUGUACCGUCAUCAAGCUUGGGACAGAACCUUUCGGAGUUGGACAGUUUGUUAGAAAAUUUGAGUAACCCAUUACACUAUCCUUCGCCAUCUGAAUCACCAGGUAAGUGGCGCUUAUCGAUUUUAGUAAAUAUAUUUUUUAGAAUUUUAAUCUGUACAUUCAGUUUGCCAUAGAAUCAGAGCUGGUUCCAUUUUUGGGGGUAUAUAAAUUUUUUUGGACAUAUAAAAUGUAAAAAAAACAUGAAGGUAAAUUUCUAUUAAUCAAAUGAAUCAAAAUAUGACUGUUUUAGUAGGCGUUCUAUAUACAUGAUUAAAUUCCAAACCAAGCUCAAACUGUAGCUAAGAGGAACAGUUCCCAGUGCCAAGAAAUAUUGCUUUAAAACGUUAAACGUGCUGAAAUUUAAGAUCUUGUCUGUUGAAUUUAAUCCGCUUUUCAUGUCGGCUUGUAGUACAUUUUCUUUGAUUUGUAUCAUUUCUUUUAAAACUGUAGUUUAUUGGCUUACGAUGAAUUUGCCUGACCGAAGAAAAGCAGGAAUAUUCGAAAUUGUUUUCUACGUUAUAUCAGAUGUAGAACAGGAAGAGCGUUGUGCACGCGCUUUGUUUCCAUUCAUUCAAGACGAUUAAAACUUGCUCCCAAAUUAAAGUCCGCCCACUGUAAAGUAAAGAAAUUGUUUGCCCAUUUUAUCCACGGUGCAAAUACACUUACUUCGUCUUGUCAAUAUUGUACAAUUUGCGAUUUAAUGUGGGAGAAAUAUUCCUUUUGAUUUUCCGGUACACUGUUGAAUUUUUACAUUUAUUUCAUGGCUGUUAGCAUCUUUUGUGUAUGCUGGUGUAAAUCUGUUUAAACUUCCCCUAGUUUUUUUAAUGGCAGCUGGUUCCAUAGCCUUUGAAGCAUAAAUUUGCAAACUAAAACUUCUCUUGUAAUUUACUACGAGUGCAGUCAAGAACACAACGGAGAAAAAAUUGAAAAAAGUAAUAACAAUUUUUUUGGAGUUGCUGUAAAGUUUCAAACUUGUGAUUGGUCAAAAUUUGAAUCUAAGUACCGCGGUAAUUUUGUAAGUUGAUAGCCAGUUAAAAGUCAUAUUUUCAAACAUUCACCAAGAACAUGCUUUGCAGUUACCUACACAUGUAAUUUUUGAAGAAUAAAGUUGUAGAGAAGCCUGUGUUUGAUGUUACCCCCUAGUGGGAGAAUGAAAAACAUGUUUCUCCACACUUUAACUUGUAUUUGUAGCGUAAUUUCCAUAUAAUUUCAUGCAAUGAUCCUCGUAUUCUUGCCAUUACAACCAUAUUUUUUUAUGUGCAAAUUCAGGGUUGUCAAUAGUAAUAGUAAAUGCAAAAUUGGGUAUGCUAGAGCAAGAGAAGGCCAUUAUGCAAAAUCUUUUGUUUAUUAAAUGCUUGUGGUUUUCAAGAGUCUCAGUAACUACAAAGGCACUAAUUAAACACACCCUGAUGUGAAACUCACUUUGCUCAUCCUGUUUGGAUUAGAAACAGUAUCUUUGAACAGAAUGGUUCCUGUAAGAUAAUACAGGGUAACUGUUGACAUUUCUAAUUCUUCAGCAAGACAUUGAGUGUAGUGUAAGUUUCGUUAAUUUCACAUAUGCCUCAUAUGUGGCCUCAGAAAUUACACAAAAGUGAUUUGC